AUGAAAGAUGAUGUAAACAAAUUCGGGAUCACUGAUGACGUUUCCAAUCCUCUUCGUCAACAGCUCUUUGGGGAAAUUUUCUAUCAAUUUAUUAGUGAAUGCAAUCAUUAUGGACCUCUGUUGGCCAAGAUUAAAAAUCAAUAUGAAGGAUAUAUAAAUCAUUUGCAGCAGACUAUCAAAGAAAUAUUACCGAUAAAGGAAAUAUUAUGGGAGUCUUCAUUCGAUGCAGACAAGCGACUUAGCGAGUUGCAAAAUCGUGAAAAUGCUGAAAUAAAUCGGUUGAAGUCAGAAAUUGACCGUGACAAAGUUGAAGUGGAGAUGUUGAAACAAGAAUCUACUGAAUUAAACCAGAAGGUAGCAAAAUUGAUGAAAGAAUUGGAGCAGAAAGAAGAAGCCUAUACAUUUGAAGCUGAUGGCCGAAAAUUGCUCAUUAGCGAAGUGAAUGAUUUGAACUCUAGGCUAAAUGAAAUGGAAACCAUGGUUAGAGCCCAAAUGGAUCAGGAUGCUGAGGAUCCAGUCAAACUGAAGAUAAUGGUUGGAAAUUACGAAAAGGCCCUGGAGCAGGCGAAUUCGGAACUCAUCAAAUUUCGCACAGAUUUCAUAGAUCGUGUACCUAUCGAUCAAUAUGAAGAAGUCAACAAGCAGCUAGUAAGUAAGAAUCGCCAGGUAGAAUCCCUGAAAGAGGAAUUGGACAGUGCAGCCAAUCGUUACAGUUUAUUAAAGGACCAUUGUGAAACAUUGACUACUUGGCGAGAUUUGUACAAUAUCCAGCUCAUCUACAUUAGACGUGUUUUAGCCUCUAAGUAA